CUGAAAACUCCACUGCCGCUCACAAUCACACUGUUGCCUCCCCGCUGCACUGAUUUUGGAUCGCUAACGUUCCACCAUGUGUAAAGGACUUGCAGCUCUUCCUACAACAUGCUUGAAAAGUGCCAAAGACAUCAAAUAUAAACAGGUUUUUUUGAGGUUCUUGAUCCAGAAGCAUGAUCCCCAAGCAGCGGAGCAGAAGCAAAUAAAAGAGAAGACUGAAACUGCAGCCAAGAGUAUUCCUACUCCAGCGGAGGUGAAGCAGUGGAAGAAGUCUUUUAACCACGUGAUGAGCAGUAAAAUGGGUCGUACGGUCUUCACCAACUUCCUGAGGUCAGAGUUCAGCGAGGAGAACAUGGAGUUCUGGGUCUCCUGCGAAGACUACAAGAAGUCUGAACCCUCCAAGCUGGCGAGCAGAGCCCAGCAGCUCUACCAGCAACAUGUCGAGGCGGACGCUCCCAGUGAGGUAAACUUAGACGCGGUGACCAGAGAGGAAACGAGGCGGAACCUGGAGAACGCCUGCCCCACUUGCUUCAACGACGCUCAGAAGAUGAUUUACACCUUGAUGGAGAGAGACUCCUACAGGCGCUUCCUCGCCUCCAAACUGAUUCAGGAUCUGUGUCAAUCAAAGACGAGAAGGCCAGACUAGAAGGCCAGACAGAGGAGCAGAAGGAGAACAACAAACUGUGACGUUAACGGGCUGCUCUUCAACGGCAGGCAAACAUGGACAACUAAAAGUUUACCGGUAUUAGUGAACACCGGAAAAGAUCUGUUUGCUUUUGUGUUUUGUGUUUAUCGAAAAGAAGAAGAAAAAACUGGUUAAAAAAGGGUGACUUCAAGAGUUACUUUGGCAUGAAGUCAAGACUUUCCUUCUUUUUUUGUUUGAAGUUGUUACUGUGAGUCGUAAGUGUCCAAAUGUUCAUAUACAACAACAUUUCAUUGUAAAACUAGAACGGGCACUCGGUAGAGUGCAUACCUUCGCAUAUCACAAGAUUGGGCAUUGAAUUAUGAACAUUUUGGCAUUAGUUGCAUGCCAAUUGGAUAAAAAUUGCCCGCGCUAUGGUAAAAAGAAGAUGUUGACCUUUUCAUGACCUUGACCUUUGACCCGAUUGAUCCCAAAAUCUAAUCAAAUGGCCCCCGGAUAAUAACCAAUCAUCCCACCAAAUUUCAUGAGAUUCAAGAAGAUUUUUACCUUUUCAUGACCUUGACAUUUGACCCGAUCGAUCCCAAAAUCUAAUCAAAUGGUUCCCGGAUAAUAACCAAUCAUCCCACCAAAUUUCAUGCGAUUCGGCUUAAAACUUUUUUUGUUAUGCGAAUAACACACAUACAAAUAAAUAAAUAAAUACACGGCGAUCAAAACAUAACCUUCCGCAUUUUCAAUGCGAAGGUAAUUACAUUCGAGGGAAAUAUUUUGUCGUGGAUUACCGCUUGAUGUGUCACAAAUGAGAUUAAAGCAGUCUGUGUGGGGAGGUCGGAUGGCUGAUGGGUCAGAAACAUUUACCCACAAGACGGCAGUCCUUUGUGAACUACACAACUUUGAUGUAUUUGUGUUUCCUAAACUUAACCAGGCAGUGUUGCUUAAAACUUUUGUUUGGAUUUGUACAAAUCCAUACAAAUAUUGACCCAAACCAACAUAUGUUUUAAGUUUUUGGUAAAUAACAUUCAAACCGUUUAAAAACUGUGAAACGUAAUUGACGGGGCAGUUUAGUUGUACGGGAGCCUCCAUUUAGCAAAAGACACUUUCACCAUCAGAUGUAAAGUGUUUUUACAAAUCUCAAAACUUAGAUAACGUGCAAUAUUACUACAUAUUAUGGGAAAGUAUUUGCUUAUAAUUUCACUGCAACACACAACCUGUUCACAAAUUAUAGCCAGGCUGGACUGAUACAAUACAGUUUAAAAAUACUGAUAGGUUAGUCAUCUUGACUUUUAUAACGCUUGUGAUUUACCAUGUUGAUGAUCAGUAGCCCGGUUUACUACAUUUAAUAAACCACGAUGUCUUCAUCUGCUGAGCGCUGAGGUUCGGCUCCACAGUGGCUCUCAUGUUUUACUGACCCACGCCUCCACCUACACUUCACAUGUUCUUCGUAUUUUCCGACUCAAUAUGACCCUAGCUAUUAAAAUCUCCAGAAAAUUAUUAGAAUUAAUAUUGUUUUCCAAGUUUAAGUGUGAGGUACUUUAUGUUUGUUUGUUGACUACCGAAAGAACACCGACAUUAAACAUUGAAUCGGGCCAAAUUGACCCGAAGGCAUCAGGAGGGUUAAGAGAGUAAGUUAAGAGUACGCCACUUUUUUCAGAUGUUUUUGUCUGUAAUUUGUUUACUGUGCUUAAAUAGUAUGUUCACAUCAAUUGGAAAUAUUUUGUUGGCCUUGCUUACUAUAAUGUUCAUAUCAAAAUGUAUACCGUGGUGAUUGACAACUAGAUACUGUAAGUAGAUAUUUAAUAAAUUAUGUCAUAAAAUGAUCUGAUGGAUAAUCAGAA